CCGGAAGGGGCGGGUGGAGGAAGCGCUUCCGGCGCGCUGCGGCACCGGCGGCGGAGCACGCACCGGCUCGGGAAGCGGCCGGUGAGCGGGAGGGAAGGAGGGCGGGUGGGCGGCUCCGCAGAGCCCGACAGCCGCCGCGGAGCGGAGCGGGGCCGCGGCUGGGUCCUGCUAGCGGGGGUGGCCUGGGCUCGGCGGGACUCUCCGGUGGUUCCCCCUCAGGAGCAGCGCCAUGGCAGCGGACUCGGAGGUGCUGCACUUCCAGUUCGAGCAGCAAGGGGAUGCCGUGUUGCAGAAGAUGAACCUCCUGCGGCAGCAGAACCUCUUCUGCGACGUCUCCAUUUACAUCAACGACACGGAGUUCCAGGGGCACAAGGUGAUCUUCGCCGCCUGCUCCACCUUCAUGCGGGAUCAGUUCCUGCUCAAUCAGUCCAGACAGGUGCGGAUCACCAUCCUGCAGAGCGCCGAGGUGGGCAGAAAGCUCCUGCUCUCUUGUUACACCGGCGCUCUGGAAGUCAAAAAGAAGGAGCUGCUGAAAUACCUGACUGCUGCCAGCUACCUCCAGAUGGUUCACAUUGUGGAGAAGUGUACCGAAGCUUUGUCGAAAUACCUGGAGGUUGAUGCUUCCAUGGAGAACCAGGCUGCAGAGAGAUGUCAUUCCUCAGACGCUGAACUGAGAAACAGGGAUGAGGGUUUAGAUAAAGACUGUGAAAUAAUUGAGAUCUCUGAAGACAGCCCAGUGAAUGUUGAGUACCCUGUGAAGCAGGAGAAUGCGGACACCUUGCAGCCCAUAGUGCAGAGCGUGAUCUCAGAAAGGAAGGACCCCAAACCCUCAGAAAUAUCAACAGUUGAGAUUGGAUACAAGGAUGAAGAAAUCUGUAUCUUCAGAAUGGAUUCUAUGAGCGUUGCAAAUGUAGAUAAUGAUAAUUUUCCUCAGCCUUGCACUUCCUCUAAAACAAAUUUGUAUUUUCCAGAAACCCAGCACUGCUUGAUAAAUUCUACAGUUGAAAGCAGAAAUACAGAAAUGCCAGGAAAUCACUUUCAGGCUUUAGUCAAUGACAAUCCAGAAGGAACUUAUGGUGGGACAAAUGGCUUCCAGAGUGUGGAUGACUCCAGCAAUUCCUGGCGGCACCAGUGUCCAAAGUGUCCCAGGGGAUUUCUGCACCUUGAGAACUAUCUCAGACAUCUGAAAAUGCACAAACUGUUCUUGUGUUUGCAGUGUGGCAAAACAUUUACACAGAAAAAGAACCUGAACAGACACAUCCGGGGCCACAUGGGCAUCCGCCCAUUCCAGUGCAUGGUGUGCUUGAAGACCUUCACAGCCAAAAGUACGCUCCAGGAUCACCUGAACAUACACAGUGGGGACAGGCCCUACAAGUGUCACUGCUGCGACAUGGACUUCAAACACAAGUCUGCUCUUAAAAAGCAUUUAACUUCCGUUCAUGGAAGGAGUAACAGUGAAAAACCAAACCUGGACUCUAUUACGACAGUUAAAAUAGACUAUGAUUAAUAGAUGGGUGGGAUUGUCCACAAAAAGCUCCUGCCUAGUGAAGUUCUAGCUGAAAUUCUAGAUACGGAUCCCUGGAGAGAAGCACAAACACGAGUGAUGGUCAAAAACAUGCCUUGCAAGCAGCAAACUUGCCUGCUGCUUUAAAGUUCCUGUUGAUGUAAGUGCAAAAAAGGUGUUUGCUAGCCAAAAGCAAACUGCAAAAUAGGGGAAAUUAUUUCAUGCUUCUAUUAUUCUAGUUGCAUUCUGAUUUCCUCCCCCAGUUAUUCUUUGCACUCCCCUGUUUCAAGGGCAAGUGCUGACAAUUUUUAAUCUAUUACCAGUAUUGCAGUAAACUGAAGCCUGAGUGAUGUUUGUGACCCAUAAUGGCUAAGGAAGGGAUGUUUGUAUUUAUUCAGUUAGUUGUUCCCACCCAGCUCAUGUUACCAUUUACAGUGAAAUCAUCUCCUUCCUUGCCCAGAUUUUGCAAGAUUCUUCAACAGAAAGAAGGCACAUUUUCAUACUCAAGUCUGUGAUAAUUAAGAAAGAACACAGAGCAAACAAAAGAUAAUUAAGCUUUCAAAUCGCCUCCUCCAAAUAGUGAAUGGGUAAAAGAGAAACAGUGUUGCCUUGCAGUUAAUUUUCAGCUGAAGAAGAAUUUGCUUUCAGUUUUAUGAAUGAAUUCUGAAUUUUUCUAAACAACUUCUGACCUUUUUUUUCCUGUCAUACCCGUUUUGCACCUAUAUUUGACUUACUCUGAAUAAGUUACUUGUGUUGAGUUGUAACAUUUGCCUUCAUUUUUUUACAAGACACAUAUGCUCGUAUGUAAAAUGAAGCAGUGUGCUGAUACAUAAUAGCAAUUUCUACAUUACUUUUAAAAAAACCUGUAUAUCUCACUAGGAAUGGCUUAGACAUAGAGGUCUUCUCAUACUCUUAACUCUGUGAUACAGUAAAAUGGUAACGGUAUGUGUUUGGGUAGGUGUGUUUGUACUCUGUCAAAGGUUAUUGCAGUUUUAUCACCAGCAUCCAAAGCCAUAUAAUGCAGAAUUCUUCAUCCUGUACCUGUCUUUGACUGGUAUGUUUCUUCCACUUAAUGUGAUACGAAUAAAGAGUCAAAUUGUUUCAUAUGA